UAUAUGUGCAAAAAUGAAACUCCCUCGGCUAUUUCUAGAAUAUUAAACAAUUUCUGGUGCAUUCACAGGCCACAGACAGAUGAAAACCUUCAGCAGCCCCAACAACUCCAGCACCAUCACUGGAUUCAUCCUCUUGGGCUUCCCUUGCCCCAGGGAGGGGCAAAUCCUCCUCUUUGUGCUCUUCUUCAUUGUCUACCUCCUUACCCUCAUGGGCAACGCUUCCAUCAUCUCUGCAGUAUGCUGGGAUCAAAAACUCCACACACCCAUGUACCUCCUGCUGGCCAACUUCUCCUUCCUGGAGAUCUGGUAUGUCACCUCCACAGUCCCCAACAUGUUGGCCAACUUCCUCUCUGACACCAAGGUCAUCUCUUUCUCUGGAUGCUUCCUGCAGUUCUAUUUCUUCUUCUCCUUGGGUUCUACAGAAUGCUUUUUCCUGGCAGUCAUGGCAUUUGAUCGCUACCUUGCCAUCUGCAGACCUCUACAUUAUCCUGCUCUCAUGACUGGACGCCUCUGCAACAUCCUUGUGAUCAGUUGCUGGGUGCUUGGUUUCCUCUGGUUCCCUGUUCCCAUCAUCAUCAUCUCCCAGAUGUCCUUCUGUGGGUCCAGAAUUAUAGACCAUUUCCUGUGUGACCCAGGCCCUCUAUUGGCCCUUGCCUGUUCCAGAGCCCCAUUGAUGGAGGUUUUCUGGACAAUUAUAACAUCUCUUAUUCUCUUUAUUCCUUUCCUCUUCAUCAUGGGAUCUUAUACAUUGGUCCUGAGAGCUGUGUUUAGAGUUCCUUCAAGAGAUGGACAAAAAAAGGCUUUCUCCACUUGUGGGUCUCAUCUCACAGUGGUUUUACUCUUUUAUGGCUCAGUGAUGAUAAUGUAUGUGAGCCCAACAUCUGAGCAUGAAGCUGGAAUGCAGAAGCUUGUGACUCUGUUUUAUUCUGUAGUUACUCCACUCCUUAAUCCUGUGAUAUACAGUCUAAGGAACAAAGAUAUGAAAUAUGCCCUGCAGAAGAUCUUAAGAACAUAAACAUUGGAAUUUUAAGCAACCAAACAUAUUUAACUACAUAUACAUAUAUUUGAA